CUCGGCCCCUUGUUCAAACAAUGUCCUCUGGCCCGAGCAACCCAGAGAGCCUCUGAUCGCAGCACAGCCUUGGACUUAUUUCAAGGGAAAUUAACCCCAAAACCUCUCCACAAGGCCGUGGCCCUGAGCAUAUGCCCCAGGAAAAGCUAGGGAUGAGCACCUCCCUGAGCUACAAGUCGUUCUCCAAAGAGCAGCAAACUAUGGAUAACCUGGAGAAACAGCUGAUCUGCCCCAUCUGUUUGGAGAUGUUCACCAAGCCAGUGGUCAUCCUGCCCUGCCAGCACAACCUCUGUCGGAAGUGCGCCAGUGACAUCUUCCAGGCCUCCAACCCCUACCUGCCGACCAGGGGAGGUACAACUGUGGCAUCGGGAGGCCGCUUCCGCUGUCCCUCCUGCAGGCACGAGGUGGUCCUGGACCGACACGGUGUCUACGGGCUGCAGAGGAACCUGCUGGUGGAGAACAUCAUCGACAUCUACAAGCAGGAGUCCACAAGACCUGACAGGAAGUGUGACCAGCCAAUGUGUGAAGAGCACGAAGAUGAGAGAAUUAAUAUUUAUUGUUUGAACUGUGAAAUGCCCACCUGCUCCUUGUGCAAAAUCUUUGGUGCCCACAAAGACUGUCAGGUUGCUCCUCUCACAAAUGUUUACCAGCAACAGAAGUCUGAGCUGAGUGAUGGCAUUGCAGUCCUGGUGGGGAGCAAUGACAGAAUGCAAGGGAUUAUCACACAGCUGGAGGAGACCUGCAAGACAGUUGAGGAAUGCUGCAGACGACAGAAAGAACAGUUGUGUGAAAAAUUUGAUUAUCUCUAUUCUGUACUGGAAGAAAGAAAAAAUGAGAUGACACAAAUAAUCACUAGAACCCAAGAGGAGAAACUGGAACAUGUCCGCUCCCUGAUGAAGAAGUAUGCGGAUCACUUGGAAGCAGUGUCAAAACUAGUUGAAUCGGGAAUCCAGUUCAUGGAAGAACCAGAAAUGGCCGUGUUUUUGCAGAAUGCCAAAACAUUGCUACAAAAAAUUACUGAAGCUUCUAAAGGAUUUCAAAUGGAAAAAAUAGAGGAUGGGUAUGAAAAUAUGAACCAAUUCACAGUGAAUCUCAGUAGAGAAGAAAAAAUAAUACGAGAAAUUGAUUUUGACAGAGAGGAGGAGGGAGAAGAAGAAGAGGAGGAGACAGAGGAUGUUGAAGGCCUGGGUGAAGUCCACACAGAGUCAUCAGGAGAGGAGGAAGAGGAGGAAGAGGUGGAAGAGGAAGGCAUGGAGAGAGCACCACAGCCACCUCAGCAGGACUCCGAAGCACAGAGUGCAGGGGGAGAGCCGCUGGCUGAGCCCACUCCAGCUGCCCCAGCUGGUCAGGAUGUUGUUGUGACACCAAGUGGUUCUCAACAGACUCCCGAGUCUGACACUCAAGUGCCGGCCACAGCUGAAACCAUCGAUCCCUUGUUUUACCCUAGCUGGUAUAAGUCCCAAUCACGGCGAGCAAGCAGUCCAAGCUCAACCCCGGUGAGUGGGCUGGGGAAAGUAGGGACUCCUGUUUCUCUGGAAACAAGUGCAAAGAAGGCAGAAGCCCCGACAGCAGCAACCAUCGAGGAGAGUGCACCAGGGAGUGGUAAGGAAAGUAAUGCCACUGCAGCGAUGUCCAAGGAGUUAGCAUUCUGCACAACACUUUUGGCAUUUCUUAUCAUACUACAUCAUCUUUGGAAUCUGAUUCAAUACAUGAUUUGUACUUUCAUGGACUGGUUCUGAACCAUACCCUCAAGGACGAGUGGAGGAAGCUCCCGUGAGCAGUGAGAGGGGUGACGAGCCGGCUCGUCAUGUCUUCUCCUUCUCCUGGUUGAACUCACUGAAUGAAUGAUGACUCACUCUGGCUGGCUUCUGGUGUGCUUCUCCUCAGAAGGACCAUGAGCACAGGCAGCCUGGCUGCAGUCAGCAAAGAAACUGGCCUGGGAAGGGACAUCUGAGCAGGAUUCAUUCCUACAAACUCAGCUGACCUCCACGUCAUACCCUUGAAUUGACAGACCUGAGAGGGAGGGGAGCAUGGGGACAGGUUACGAUAUGUAUUGUAGUCAGAGUGUUUUCCAGUAAUUUCUUGCUUCCAAGGGGGAAGAAGCAUCACUACAGCUUUAGGCUGAGCACUGCUAGUAUUUUGUAACUCACUUGAUGGCACAUCCCCAUGUAGGUGUAAACACUUCACCAAUGUUCUUAGCUAAAAUGCUGGUAUGAUAUUCUCUAGUAGCAUCCUUUGCCAAAACAGUGUUUCUUCUCAGUAUCCUCCUGCGUCCCCACUUGUCAGUGCUGGUGACUUCAGUGACACUAUCAUGUCCUUGGCAGCCCCAAGUCAGGGUUGUGUCUAACAGUACUGGUGCCUCCCAGGCUGCGGAGGCUGAACACGGCAGGGAAGAAAGAAGCUGCCAUUUCUUCCUUUGCACUUGCUCUUCCUACUAAACCACAACAGAUGACGCUCACAGAAACACAUUAUUUGUGAGGAAGAUUCCCAGUGGCAGGAGUGAAGAAGAUGCACAUAUCAAAAGCACUGGCCAAGACCCCCACACAGCUAUGAGUGUGUGGGGCAGUUGCUGAAGUGCUGCCCAGUCUGUCCAGCCAUAACCUGUGUCCGUGUCUUCUCAGCCAUCGGUGUGUGUACAAAAGGGGACAUGUUCUUACACGAAACCAGAGUGAAAUUAGGUAGUCACAGGUACUCACUCAAGGUUUAAUUUGAAGCCCCUGUGCUGUGCUGUAGAAAAGGCAGAUGCUGACUGUCCUGUUCUGUGUGCCUUGCAGAUGUUGAGCCACCAAAUGAAAUCAAAUUUGUGUCUUAAAA